AUGAUGAAGCUGGCCGUCCUCGCCGUCCUGGGCGCCCCCGUGGCAGCCGUCUCGGCUUCCACCACCAUCAUUGUAGCCCGGCAGGCGACGACCGCGCCCUCAUCUGCCUCCAUGCCUUCGCUAACCAUGGAGCCUUCCUUGACAUUGAUCUCGACGCACCGUGACCCGUGGCAGUGCGCAACGCAGAACCUGUCGCAGUCCUUUGACGUGCCCAAGCCCUCGGGCACGCUGAGCGCGGCCAUAGACAUGUACGUCGACGAGCUGGUGGAGCCCUGUUUCGAGACGGCCGCGGCCACCGACCUGUUCCACUGCCGUGUCACCGAGUCGUCGCAGCUGUGCGGCUUCACCACUUACGCGUCUGCGACGCCGGCCCUGAUCACGGCCUUUAAGUCGUACAAGAGCGCCGCCGCCUCUUUCUGGCGCAGCAACAGAGACAGCGUGAGCUCGCUGUCGGUCGAGUGCGCGCCGGCCUGGGGCCACUUUGGCGAGCUCGACCACGCCUGGCUGAACCAGACCGUCGCCUACGCCAGCUGCGUGCUGGAUGACUUGCCCCCCGUCAGCAGCAGCAGCACCAUCGCCACCGGUUCUUCGUCUUCGAGAUCCGGAUCGACUACUACCUCCGGCACGGAGGUCACCGGGACGACAAGCAGCGCAACAAACACGGCUGGAUUGGCUGGGAAGACGGAUAUGUGGAUGCUUGCUGGCACUGGCGUCAUCGUCGGGGCUGUUUCUGCCUUUGCGUGA